AUGAUGUGCAUGGAUGUGUUUUAUGCUUCGGAUCUGGAGAAAUUCAGCAACACCAUGUACAUGGCACUCACCGAGUUGGCAUUGUUAGCGAAGUUGGCUAAUGUCUGGUAUUAUGGCCAACUGUUGGUAGACUUCUUUGCGGCACUCACGAAGGAUGCUUUAUUCCAGCAGCUGAGCUUAGAGGAACAACUGAUUUGGGCACGUGAGCAAAGGCAUUACGGUUGGAUCGCACUAUUGUACUUUGCCAUGUCACUGACUGCACUGAGUACAGCUUUUGUGGGAGUGCUGAUCAGCGCCAACUAUGAGCUGCCAUUUCCAUAUGCGCCGCCAUUCGAUUGGCGCACGGAGCCUGGCUAUUGGUAUGCUUACUGCUAUGAAUUGCUGGCAAUGCCGAUCACCUGUUUGUCGAAUUGUGCUUUCGAUAUGAUACAGUGCUAUAUGUUGGUGCAAUUAUCGUUGUGUUUUAAAUUGAUUUGCGGACGCUUGGAACGAAUGGGUGUGGUGCGCGUGGAAAGCAGCGCGUCAAAUGGAUUUAGUGAGGAGAAGUUUUAUGCAGAUUUUGUUGGAGCUGUGACGUUGCACGUGCGCACCAGAGAACUUUCCCAGCAGUGCGAGAACGCCUAUCGCUUACAAAAGAUUUUCAUUCCUUGUUUUUACGGUAAUGAGAUCAUAACGUAUUCCAGCGAUUUGAAUAAUGCUAUCUACAGCUCCAACUGGACUCAAUGUUCGCCUGGAAUGCGAAAAUAUUUGGUAAUUUACAUGGAAAUGCUGCAGCGCCCGGUAAUUGUGUAUCACUUUAGAAACUGUUGGCUAGUAUUAGUGAUAGCACAG